UCUUAUCUCACACUACCCCUAUAAUUCCCGGUGUAGAAUAUGAUCUGAGUGACAGACACGUUGUUUGUGUCUGGUGGUGGAUGAACAUCAAUGCACUGGUUUGGUUUUGGUUUUAAUGGUUUUGGACAGAUCGAGCCGCAGAGUAAAGAUGCCAUUAGACUGCUCAGUCCGGUGAAGCUCGACUCUCUGUGUGUUUGUGCUGAGACUUUCAGCAGAUCAGAUUUGAGCCCAGAACAAAAGACUGAAUCACGAAAGGUUGUUGCAGGUUGGAGUAGAGUUGCAGUCCUCCAUAACACCGGUGAGCGCCGGUGUGUGUGUGUACACGGAGCAGAGGGCGGUGUGUUGGUGUCAGAAAGUGAAGGAUGUGAGGAUGCGGUUCUGACUGAGAGAUGUUUAACCCUCAGCUUUGCUCACACUGUGCAGUGCUGGAAGUUACACACAAACACAAGAGAGCUGGUUUGGAGUUCAGAAAUAACCCGCACUGGGAACACUGGGAAUGCUCCACCAUUACCCUUGGUGCCAGGGGGAUAUAUAGCCUCGAAGCUCCCAUUUUUCCAGCCUCUUUCACCCCAUCUGCAGGCAAUGAGCCUGGCACUGGGGACUGAGCAUGCUGUUCUAUCCACAGCCUCUGGUACUGUGUACACCUGGGGGCAUGGAGGUCAUGGUCAGCUGGGUCAUGGCACUCUGGUUUCAGGGGAUGAGCCGAGAGCAAUAGAGGCUCUGUGGGGAGUCCCAAUGAAAUCCGUGGCUGCAGGAGGCUGGCACUCGGCAUGCAUCAGUGCUGGAGGAGAUCUGUAUGUAUGGGGCUGGAAUGAGAGCGGCCAACUUGGCCUACCAUCGAAAGGACUCAGAGAGGCACGUCAGAGAGAAAAACAAAGGAUUGAAAAAGACAAACUGGAGGGGAGCAAAAUGGACGAGAGCAACAGUGAUGUGUUUAUCUCAAUUCAAGCAUUCCCUGCGCUGGUAGACGUAUCUGAAGCAUCUGAAAUUAACAAGGUCAGCUGCGGAUCUCGUCAUACAGCAGCCAUUACAGGAAUUGGUGAUCUCUACACCUGGGGAUGGGGUCACUAUGGCCAGUUGGGUCAUGGUUCAAGAUGCAGUUCAGAUGAACCCCAAAUGGUGACGUUUUUUUCCAGUGGAAGAAUGCGUGUGGAAGAUGUUGUGUGUGGAUUAUGGAACACUUUUGUGUCAGCAGUUCCAAGGGAUCAUGUUCCAUCAUGAUUCACACAUACCGUACUGUAUCUCUGCCUAAGGUCUUUUCACUUUUGUUAUACAUUUAGUGACACAAGAAAUAAAGGAAAAAAAUUACAAGCA